AUGCUAUACGUCUUCGGCUUCUUCUUCAGACAACUGGUGGGAAGAGUGUAUAUAUCGAGGGAUGAAUCGAUGGUACGAUUGUCUCAUUUGUCGUUCUUUGGCAAUCGUGUGGACACAGAGGUGGAGGCGUCGGAUGUCGUGCCACUGGCUGUCAGUAAUGACAGACUAAACGACUUCUUCUGUCGCAUCGAGAGAUUCAGUUGCGAUGACUUGUUAUACAUGUCUCUCAAAUACGGAGGUGUUGUCAAUCGGGAGGCCUUUGAACAGGUCUUCGGCAAAAACUCGGCCAUCGGUUCCCGCAAAUGA